CGCAAAGUUACUAAACAGCAUAAUUUGAAUGUAAACGGUUUUUGCGAUAAAUGCUAUUUUAUUUGUAGAAGUCAAUUUUUCUUUUCAAUGUUAAAAAUCGCAGUCGUCGUCGGAUUCUGUUGAAAAUUGUGUUAGCAUUUUAUGUCUUGAUUUACAUUUACGUGAAAGAGCAUCUAAAAUGUCAUCGGAUCCGGUACUUCUCCGGCACCUGAAAGGCCACCGAGGCAAGAUAACUGGCAUUUCGUUUCAUCCAGAAGGAAAACGAUUCGUUACCAGUUCUGAUGAUAGUACCGCAAUCGUGUGGAAUAUGAAUGAGCAAAUUCGCUGUAUGCGCUUCGAAGCUCAUUCGGAUGUUGUCAAUGAUAUUUGUUGGUCCCCUGAUGGUCGGAUUGUUGCUUCUGCCUCGAAGGACCGUACCGUAAAGAUCUGGGUCCCAUCGUUAAUGGGAAACUGUGAUGAAUUCAGAGCUCAUACAUCCAACAUUCGAUCGGUAGAUUUUGAUUCCAAGGGGAAAAAACUGAUUACAGCAUCCGACGACAAGUCAGUCAAGCUAUGGAAAGUCUCGCGGAAACAUUUUGUGUCAUCAUUUACCGGACAUACUAACUGGGUACGUUGCGCUCGAUUUUCCCCUGAUGACAAACUCAUCGCUUCGUGUGGUGAUGAUAGAGCUUUGAAACUCUUCGAUCCUGUUUCUGGUCAAUGUGUGCACAGUUUUGUUGAUCAGAAAGGAGCAGGCAAUAAAAUAUCCUGGCAUCCGGAUGGAUCGUUGGUAGCUAUUGGAUUGGACAAUGCGCGGGUUAAGAUAUACGACAUAAAAAUUCGCAAACUUAUUCAAUAUUACCGGCUGUUUGAAGGCUCCGUUAAUUCUUUGCAAUUUCAUCCGUCUGGAAACUACUUGAUCACUGGAAGUAACGAUGGAGCUGUAAAGAUAAUCGAUUUGUUGGAAGGACGACACAUUUACACGCUAACGGGACAUACAGGACCCGUGACGGCGGUUCAAUUCGCCAAAGAUGGUCAGUUAUUUGCCACGGGCAGCGAGGAUAGACACAUCAUGCUGUGGAAAUCUAACUUCAACAAUGAAUCCUCCGAAGAUUCAUUGAAUAUGUCAGAAUGUAGUGAUAUUCCACAUGGACACCGAAAUAAUAGAAAAUCUAUACCGCUAUAUAAAAAACUCAGUUAUGAAGAAUGUCCAGGUGGCGAUGACGAAUUUGAGCAUGGCUUUAGCAACAAUAAAGAGAAUCUUCCGGAUACAAGCAUUCUAGUGGACGCUCGCAAAACAGAAAAUUUUUAUCUGACAGAUGCUAUUGAGGAAAUAGUAAUAAGACUAUCGAAGAGCGCAAACGGAUGCCGUUUCUCAGAAUCCUGUUCGAACCGUUACAGUAACUGUGGUGGCCGUAACAGCUUCGAAAGGUAUGUCCAUCGAAAGUUGAAAUCAAUUGAAAACGCCCUGAACGGGCUUGAUCGAAGAGUCACGAUGGUUGAGGACGUUGUGCUCAAUAGAAGCAUAAGAUUAGAAUAGUUUCUUUCUGUUUGAAAAACCAUAAACAUCGUAUUGUACAUAAAAUUAUAUUUAGUUCACAUUUUUUUUUAAAUCAGUCAAAACUAAAACACAUUCAUGAGUAAAAACAAACAUCAAUUUUGACUAAUACUUGAAUCAUUAACAUUUCUAAAUUUUAAGAAUAUCCCUGAGCAUCCAAAU